AGAAGAUAUUUACAAAGAAUUACAAUCUGUCUAGCGUCGUCCUCGCACAGCCUAGAGAAGAGGGACUACGUGAUCAGAGAGUUGGUGGACACGGAGUGCAAUUACGUGGACGUGCUCGGCAAGAUCAUAAAGCACUUCCUCAGGCCGCUUACCCCAUACCUGAAGCCGCAGGACUUGGAUGUCAUAUUUUUCGGUGUAAAGAAUCUGCACGAAAUACACACGGGUCUCCUACGGCAGCUGCGAUUGGCCACAGAGACGUGCGUGCCAGGCAGCGGAGCGCCGCGAUUGGCCGACGUGUUUCUCGCGUGGAGGGAGAAGCUGCUGCUAUAUGGCGACUAUUGCUCCAACCUCACCACGGCACAGGACACGCUUAAGACGCUCGAAGCCAGAGACUGCACCUUCAAUAAACAAUUAAUGAAAUGCCAGAAGGAGCACAGUGAUGGUCGCAUUCAGCUGCGAGACAUACUGUCUGUUCCGAUGCAAAGGAUACUCAAGUACCACCUGCUGCUGGACAAACUUGUGCAGGAGACGCAGCCUAACCACGAAGAGUUCCGCGGGCUGGAGCGCGCCAAGGAGGCGAUGGUGGACGUCGCGCAAUACAUCAACGAGGUGAAGCGAGACAGCGAGGUGCUGGCAUUGUUAGCUAAAGUGCAGGAGAGUAUAAUAGACUGGGACGGUGGGGAGCUGGGCGCGGGUGGGGCAGUGCUAGCCGCCUACGGGAGACUCUUGCUGGACGGAGAACUGAAGGUCAAAGCUCACGAGGACCAGAAGCUGCGCUCCCGGUACGUGUUCGUGUUCGACAAGCUCAUGCUGCUCUGUAAACCUGUUAAGGACAACCAGUACUCGUACCGCGUGGGCAUUCGGCUGGCGGAGUACCGCGUGGAGGAGGGAGGCGGCAGGCGAGCACUCCGCUCAGACUCGCGGUGGUCGGCACAGUUCUACCUCGUGCGUCGAACCAAGAACUCCACGUACACGUUGUACGCGCGCACCGAGGAGUGUCGCCGCAAGUGGCUCACCACCAUCCAGGACGCCAUAGAUAACCUGGAGCCGGCUGGUUGUAGAAACACUAACCACAAGUUUGUUCUGCACACGUUCGGCCAACCUGCCACCUGUCACCACUGUUCUAAGUUCCUCAAGGGAAGGAUAUUUCAGGGCUACCUGUGCUCUGUGUGCAGUGCGUCCGUGCAUAAGGAUUGCAUCGCACUGUCGGGGCGCUGCGGAGGCGGGAGCAGCCUGGCGCCCGCGCUGCCGCCGCACGCGCACCAACCAGACCACGCGCUGCAUUACUACAUGUGGUACGUGGGUGAGAUGGGUCGCGAGAUGGCGACCGCGCGGCUGGAGCGCCGCGUGGACGGCACGUUCCUGCUGCGAGUGCGGCCGCACCACCCCGCCGCUGACACGCACUACGCGCUCUCGCUCAAAACGGACAGUACGGUGAAGCACAUGCGCGUGUGCCGCAAGCCGAUCGACACGGUGCCGCAUUACUUCCUGUCCGAGUCGCGCUUCUUCCGCAGCGUGGUCGAGCUCGUCACGUAUUACGAGCGAGUCAGCCUCGCCGAGAACUUCGUCGGUUUGAACUCGACGCUGAAAUGGCCCUUCAGACGAGUGGUGGCCACUGUGAUUCACGACUUCCGGCCGCUUGAGGCGACGCAGCUAGCGCUCCGCCCCGGCAGUAAGGUGCUCGUGCUCAGCAAGGAGGGGGACAGCCGCGGAUGGUGGAAGGGCCGCAUUCUCGAUAAGGGCGACAACCGAUCCGGCUACUUCCCGAAGGAUUGCGUGCACGAGGAACCUGAGUGUAUCGGCGCGCUUGACUGAUGCCACUUGUGCCUCGCUGAGCGCGAGAGACACUUCCAGCACGGCGACUCUUUGGGCGACCUCGUGUGAGCACGCACGCGCGUACGUACACGAUUACGCAUCGCGCAUACCAGCUUGCGUUUAUCACAGUUUAGAGACAUUGCGGACUGCAACAUAUUAACUUUCUGGUACUUGUAGUUGCCUCGCCUAUGGUGUUGAUUGGCUCUGUAGUUAACAGUAUUUCUGUAUUUAAAUCACUUAAAUAAUUAUUACCAAAAUGAAACAGAGGACCAAAGAUAAGCAUAAUUUCGAUAUCCUUAGGUUGUCAAAACUAUAUUUAAAUAUGGAUUAAACAAUUAUCUGCCACCAAGCUAUGAUGAAAAUCUUGUUGACUUACAAAUUUAUAACCGACGCGUGUCUCUAAACUGUGGCUACAUUUUGUAAACUAUGAUAUGAUUUAUUAAACGGAUAUGCUCAAUGAUAACAUAGAGUGCAUAUUUGUUUAUGAUUGAUCGUAUUUCGUAGCUUUAUAGCCCAAGGAAACUUAUGGCUCAAAUACAGAUAGUACAAUUCUGUACUUACAGUCAAGUUUAAUGUCUAUAAUUAAAUGUUUAUAAUUAAUGUAAAACUAUAAAUGAACAUUGUUCUCAAAUGUAUUUUAGUGUUGUUCAAAUAAUUGUGAAAUCUCAUUUCAAUCGAAUGUUGAUGUGGAAUGUCCACAUUCUGGAAUAUCCAUGUUAUGGAUAACGUGUAUUUAAUAAUGUACCUAAUUGGUAACGAAUGUAUGCGCGUCGUAUUUAUUGUGUAGAUUAGUAAUAUGAUAUGUAUCUCAGUGAAUUGUCAUAUCUAUAAAAGUGGAAGGUGAAACCUUGUAUGUCGACGAUAGAUACAAAUUGAUUAUUUUGUAUGAGGUUUAAUCAGAGAAUCAUAUUCAUGAUACUUAUACUAGAUGUGAAUUAUUAGAGCUGAUAUAACAUUAAUUUGUUUUAUUAAUAAAUUAAUGAAUUAUUUUAAUAAUAUUAUUAUUCUUCUUUGGUAUAUUUAAUUUAGAAGCUUUAGGUGUUCUCAAAAUAUACACUACCACCAGUUGACAAACAUAAUGACAGUAAAAAAACAAUGCAAAUAUUUAUAGAUUUAUUGCGCUGUUUAUGUGACAUAGUUAAUAUUAAUUUAAGUUUUAUCAAGGCAAACCCUACAGAAUUUAUAAAUAUCUAGAAAAAUCUUAGAACAUAUUUGUUAAAAUAUAUUGAAUUUAUUUUUUAAUUACAAUAUUGUGUCGUAAUUGUUUCAUAUUGAAAACAAAGUAUAUUAUUAAAAUAUAUACUUAAUGUUGUGAUGUUAGUUGAAAUUUAAAACUUUAAUUGAGUAGAUGACUUGCUGAAGAAUUAUAUUUUAAUAUAAAUAAAGUAAUUCUGGAGAGUCUGAACCGAUUGUAACUUAUGUUAAUUGGGUUUCAUAAAUACAUAUUUACUAUAGUGCGGUUGGAAUAGACUUGAUAUUUUACGUCUGGACCUGAUGUCGAUGACGUCACAUCAUUGCUUUCUUACGGUGUGCAAAACAAGCAUCACUAGGAUAUUAUUAUUAAUAAAUAAAAAACUAUUUAUCUUACCUGUAUUACAUAUUGAUGUAACGUUUUUGUGUUGUGAUGCUUACAAUUAUUAUUAUAAUGUUGAAAAAUCAAUAAAAGAAUCUGGCUUAAGUAAAAAAAAAAAUAUUUUGCCAUUACUAUUUUAGCGGCAAAGAACAGCAGAAACUACAGAACUAUUAAUAACAAAAGUCAAAACGUAACAAUGAACAUUUCAAAAACAAAACAGUAAUAUCACGGUACCUAACAGUGAUGAAACUGCAAACCGUACUGACACAACAGGACGAGCGCGAGGGGGUGAAAGUGGAACGGGAGGGGGCUUCACGUUCCAGGGAGGACCAGAUAUAAUAUGGCCGUUGUAGUACAUUAACUUCUAAAACGCUAUAAUUAAACUUCUAUGGUAUCAUUUACCUUCCUGUCAUCUCUGUUAGCCGUGUGAAAUGUCAUCUCCUCAAUUAUAGUCAUGUAAAUAUAUAACUAUAUGUAGUAGUUAAAUGUACCUCACUGUUGUCUGUAGCACACUCAAUUAUAUUUUUGCUCUCUCAAUCAUUAGUACGCACUCGAAUUGAUGGUGCAAAGAUGCUUUAAAUAUACUAAGUGUGGCGUUUGAAAUGUAGGGUAGAUAGAGAAUUUAAAUUAAUACGUGAACCUACAAUACACAUACGUUUUUUAUGUUUACGAAGCAUGGCAUUACCUUGAAUAGUAUCGGUUCUUUCAUUAUUGUGAAGACAUAAUUGGACACUCGUUAUUUAGGUACGUAUUUUUUUGUGAAACUCAUUUAUCCCCCUCUUUGGUGAGAUUAUAUCUAUAAUCUUAUCUAUACAUAUAAAUAAUAUUGUAGUGUCUGUUUGUAAUAUUGAAAUAACCGUUUUUUACUACAUGUAUAUGAAUAUAUAUUCGGUACAUACACCAAAAUAAUAUUUUUUGUCUGUCUGUUUGUUCCGGCUAAUCUCUGAAAUGGCUGGACCGAUUUUGGCGGGACUUUUAUGGGCAGGUAGCAGAUGUAAUAAGGAGUAAGUUAGGCUACGUUUAUUUUAGAAACAUAAAGUAAUGUUGCAAUGUCCAAGAAACGGUUUAACUCUAAAAAAGUUCUUCUUACAUAUUUUUUUUACUUUUGCCUUGGGCCCAGACUAAAUGUUUGUACAAGUAACGCGCGAGUUGAAUGCAGAGUCUAGGAAUGCGAUAAAAAGGCAUAAAAGGCAUUUAUUUUCUCAAAAUUGAUUCAAUUAGAAUUCUUUUUGAUGUAAUUUGUAAUAUACUAGAUACAACUGCCGCUUCGGAAACAAAUGGCGCUCUGAGGGAGAAGGGACGCAUGAAACUUACGCAGCAUUCUUUUUUUGCGCUCUUUUUAAUGAAAUAUAGGUAGUGCUGUGACCUUAUUAUAAUUGAUGACCAUAAUCGUGAGCAUCAGAAAAGAACACGGGAUCGCAUCUUUAAUGGUAACGCUAUAACACGGUUAGCGACGACUACGGUACAGCACUACACUGUAGACGCGUGAGGCGAGGAGUGCGGACAGCGGGGGGAGAUGUUUCCGCUCUUUACCUCAGGCCGCGACUGCAUUCAACUCGCGCGAAACUGUACGUGGGGGCCUAGAAAGUCUAGUGAUGUGCCGAGUCGCUGUUUUGAUGGAUCGAGUCGAUUUAUGCGGUAUUCGAAUCAUGACUCGAAUCCGCGGUUCGAGCCCAGUACUCGAGUUUUUGAGUUGGCUCGAGUCCAGAACUCUACGCUGGAAAUUCGAGUCCACUACCAUUUUUUUUUUUUAUUAUUUAGAACAACAAUAACACAAUGAUAAUACAUCAAACAAUCAAAAAAACAUAGCACAUACUAAGAGGUAUGUACUAACUAAAAAGGAGAUCAAAUUCUAUAAGUUUUAUUAACCAAAAAAAAAAAAGAUUUUUUAGAAGCUAUUUAAGAACUUAAGAUAUUAUAGAAUCGAGUGAGCGAGUCGAUUUUCCUGACUCGAGUACCAGAAGCGAGUCAGGCGUACUCGAAUCAAAAAAAAUGGUACUCGAGCAGGCGAGUCCAAAGCAGGACUCGAGUCAAGCAAUACUCGGCACAUCACUACUAGAAACAUGUGUAUUGUGGGUCGUUAUUCAUUCGAAGUCAAUGUUAUUCCUAUAUGUGUAUAGUAUAUAUUCCACUUAAUAACUUUAGUGAGAUAUAAGUGCCAAAAGGUUUAUUGACAACUCUUUAAAUAUAGUGAUUAGAAUUUAACAGUCUCCCCACCUUGUAAUGAGAUUGCAGCUGUCUUUUUGUAUGCCGUCUAAGUUUAUAUUUUUUUAUGACCGCUUUGUAAGUCUUUUCAACACUGUGUAAGGUUCGGAGUGAACUAGAAUAUUCUAGAAAGCUCUUCGAUUAUUUAAACUUAAUUUAUCUUUAUGGGAAUAUAAUAUAGUACGAUUAGUUGACAUACCCGAUCUAAAUGAUGUAAAUUGUAAACCAUCAGAGCCGUAACGACUCAUUCAUUAACAAAGCCUUUAUCCAAUAAAUUGGUCACUAUUUCAAACCUGUUUAGUAUUUUAAAGAGAGAAGUACUUCCUGUCACUGUGUACUAAUGAAAUAUAAAACAUUUUACAGAUCGACAGAUAUAAAAAAAUAGAAUGUUAGUGAAUUGUGUUUAGCGGGAUCUAAAAACCUACACAAAAACGUAAAACAAUCCAAGUAUAUUGUUGAGAAAGCUAUGUAAGUAACAGAUUGUAGAUAGGUAGUUAAUUAAAAGACUUUCAUAUUUUAAAAUAUUAUAGUUUAUUUAUAAUGGUUGUUAAGUACAAUGUAGACUACAUAUUGAAAUAUUUUCAUACACGAUACCAUUAUUUAGCUAAAGGGUAGGUAAUGUCAGGAAAGUAAGUAGGGCGUUGUAUAACAAAUCUAGGUAGAGAGGUAUUACCGGAAAUCGCCAUAUUUUGCACCUAGGGUUACCAUUUAGUAAUUUGAAAAGUCUGACAUUUCGUUUAAAGUCCGGACUUUUAGUUUGAUCUUCUUUUUAUAUUUGUAUAGUUUACUGUAUUCCAUCAAAUAAAAAAUAAAAUCCGAUCAAGUUAGAGAGCCGCACAAAAUCCGGACUAGAGUCUAAGAGCUCUUUCGCACUACGCCCGAUCGGAAUUCCAUCCGUAUCUGUGAAAUCCGAUUUCUUUCCGUCAACCGUAGAAAUAGUUUUACAACUACUUCGGAGCGCUUUUUCAAGGAUACGGAUCGGACUCUGAUCGGACGUAGUGCGAAAGCGCUCUAAGGCUGAGAUCUGUAGAGCUUACUUAGACUUUGCUCACACUUUACUUACGUAAACCUUUUUUUUUAUGACAGUAAGGGACGUGCCGAGCAGGACGUUCACUUGAUGAUAAUUGAUACGCCUUGCCAAUUACAAUGCAGUGCCGCUCAGGAUUCUUGUGAAACCCAAAAAUUCUGAACGCCACUACAAUUGCGCUUGUCACUUUGAGACAUACGGUGUUAAGUCUCAUUUGCCCAGUAAUUUCACUAGCUACGGUGCCCUUCAGACCGUAACACAAUAAUGCUUACAGGUUAACGCUUCACGGUAGAAGUAGGCGCCGUUGUGAUACCCAUAAUCUAGCCGGCAUUCUGUGCAAAGAAGCCUCCCACUGAUAUAACUUUUUUGGUAAACCACUUUGCUGAAACGCGAACUUGAGUUUUCGAUUGGGCUGUUUUAGCUUAAGCUCUCUAUAAUUUCCACUGUAAAAACUUAAUCACCGAUUAUGCUAAGCUUGUACUCAGCUUAGUUUUAUGUAAGUAAAGUCUAAGUGCAAUCAAUAGAUCUCAACCGAAAAGUCCGGACUUGUCCGAAUUAAUUUAGACGGAUGGUAACCCUAUUUGCGACUAUAUUGCGUGUACGCGCGUUGCGUGUUGGUCAAUUUCACAGGCAGGUGUGAGUUGAACGUAUACAGCGGGGUGCAACAAUGGCGAUAUUAAAUAAACACACGGACAGAGCUACUUAACGAUAAUUAUUUUUUUUUUUACAAAAUAUUGAAAUUUUCUAAUAAUCAAAUAUUAUUUGUUUGUUCUUUAUAUAUUUUUACAUUAAUUGUAGGAAACAAAAUUUUAAUCCCCCUUACGUGGUGCUACAAGAUGGCAAGAAGUAGGUGUCAGUGCCUAAGCUAGCGCGCGGCUACUAGAUUACAUACAGGAUGUUGCGAAAUAAAUUAUAUGUAUUUUUAUAUAUUUUGUGUUUUGAUGUAGCUUACUUAAUGUUCUCGUGUUACUGUAUUUAUACUCGUGUGUUUAUUUAAUGUCGCUAUUGUAAACACCACGCUGUUUAAGAAUUGGGAAAAUAAAGGCAUUAUUCUUAUUUAGUUUUUUAAUAUUAUUAGGCGCUUUCGUAGCUACUACCGAAGUCUAUGUUGACAAAGAGCCGAUCCAAUCCAUCGUCAUUUGUAAUUGAUAUGUUUGAAACAGUAAAAGCAUAAUAGAUCUUUAAUUAAAUUCAUAAUAUUUUUUGCAAGUCAUUUCCUUACUUAUAUUAAUGUGGCAAAUCAGGCGGGAUGUCGCAGCUGUUUACAAUUUUUUAACCGACUUCUACAAGGAGGAGGUUCUCAAUUCGAUUGUUAUUUUUUAUGUAUGUACACCGAUUACGCUGAGAUUUAUGAUUUACCGAUUUACUUGAUUACAGAUAGAUUAAAAUUAUUUUAUAGUAUAUCUACAUACAUAAUAUGCCAAUCUAAAAACGGCAACAUAAUAUUAUUAUAUAAAUAUCUUUGUCUUUUAUAAUUAUAUAAAUUAACUAUUAAAAUGUUAAUGUUAAAAAUAACACACAUGAUAUAACUGUUUCAUUGUGCUUUAAAUGUUAGAAGUUUUAUGUGCAACAAUUCAAUUGAGUACAUUACUUGAGAACAAUUGAUUGAAUACAACACAUUGAGUUUGGUAAGAAAACAUAAUUAAAAUUGCGAAUAAGCGUACUGCGGUAAGCCUACGCUGCCUUCUUAGUGAAGCAGUGGAAGUAGAAAUAUUGACGUUAUAAAUUAAAUUAAUAAUAUUUGAUGUUUUAGUUAUUUAAAAAAAGUAAAUUAGUUAUAUAUAACCCUGUACGUUAAAACAGAAAAAAACCUGUUCAUAUUAACGUUUGUGUGACGUCAGCAGGCAGUCGUCAGUUAUGAACGGUGGUUUGGUGGUUUGUAGUGUCUGCCUGAACCUGACGUCACUAAUAUGGCGGUUUCUCCCGUUUUCAUCGCGCUGGUUAUUAUACACCAUCGCUUCUUUGACAUUAUAUCGCAUCCCACCUCAACAGUCUUACAAGUGCGCCUCAUAGAGACCUCGCACUUUUCGUGGCCAGCGGAGGUUGUAAGAGUGUUAGCUUUCGAUACUUAAGCUGGGUUGAACCGACUAAGUUUAGCCAUAACAAACAUGAUAAGGUACCGGUUAACCGAAAGAUGUGUUGCACCAUUUGACAAUUUUUAGAUAACGUCAUAAAUUUAACUGUUAACCGUAAUCGUCCAAUCUUCGCCGGUUAGUGUUAAAUAGCUAAAUAACGACCUGUUAAAAGUUUCAAAUAAAUAUGUGAUAUCGUGUCGAUAUUUCACUUUUUAUCUUUAACAAUGCCAAGGAAUACGAUGGUGCAACAAAUUCCAAUGUGUAUGUUAAAGUCAGCGUUACUUUUAACGUUAAAUUUGACUUAAGCCUUAACGCUGUUAUACAGCUAAUAUGAUGCAAUCCAGUCUUUGUUCAUUCAGUUUGUCACUUAGUUUAUUGCAAUAUGAUAAUAAUAUUAUUUUGAGGCUUUUUUCUUAAAUAACCUCUAAAAGUUGUCCUAAACGAUAUCAAACAACCUCUUACUUAAGUGAUUAGUAAUUCUGAACUAGAGGUUUGUAUGAUUAAUAUAAAUAUUUGUUUAUUAGUCACUAAUGUUUAUAUACAUGUAUUCAAUUUAUUAUGUAAGUAUUUUGAAAUAAUAUAAUAUCGUUUUCUAUAAGUAUUGCUACCCCCCGCUGUUCAUUGUGUUACGUUUAACGGGGCUACAUAAAGUGUUUGAAAGUGCAUUAUUUUUUUAUAUUCAUUGCUUUCACUAAACUCGAGCUAGACACUAGAGUCGAGCACUGCGUACUUUUUUGACCGAAUGUUUUAGUUUUUUUUUGAUCACACAAAUGGAUCCGUUUGAUAGUUCAAUUUAAAGUAUAGUACAAAUCUUUAGACCAAUUUAUCAUGACGAAUGAAAUGAGAGUUGGUCCGUUUACCUCGCGCCGCGUGUCCUUUGACUCCGGCCUAACAACCGAUAUGGAACUAAGCGUCAUGCACAGAGAAUACACUAUCCCACUCACAUUGCCAACAAUAUCUUAUUAUAAGACUGCACGAACCGUGAGCGAUGCAUUUUCAUUGGAUGCGUUGAUAUAAAGAAUAGGGUCUUAUUGGUGGAAGGCACAGGGAGGGGAGACAUGCUCGAAUCGCACCCAGCGUUCGACUACGUAAUCCAUAUAUGCAUUAAUUUUACUCAAUGCUUAAGAUUCAUGUCAGGACUUGUGAAGUUAAUUAAAACAUCUAUAAUUUAUAUAUAUAUUUUAAUUGUAACACCUAUGUUUGUUGAUAGUACACACUAUUGAUAAAUAACAUUAUUAUUUUAUAAGAUCUCCGUCUUUCAUAAUAAGUUGCGCACAUUAUUGAAUAGUUUGCGAGGUAACUUUGGGGCCCUCCGUAAAUCACGUCACACGAAUUUUAUAUUUUUUCGACCCCUUCCCCCGUCAUCGUCACAGCUGGUCACAUUUGUCAUGUCAGUCAUGCAGACAGCGUUGCAAAUAUUUUUAUGUUACUCUUUAGAUAUAAAAUGUAUUUUGAAAAAUUAUGAUAUCACACAAUUUAGGACCCUCCCUUGUCACACUUUGCCGAGACAAAAACCGUGUGACGUAAUUUAUGGAAGAACUCUUUUGAUUGGUGGUGCUACGUCCUUCUUCCUUUGCUCCGGACCGCGGCACUGGAACGGCCACGGAUAAAUGUAUUGUUAUAUUUUAUGUUUGUACAUAGCUAGUGUAAGAUGGCAUAUCUGUUGUAGUGUGCAGAAUAAAAUAUAUAUGUUUAUGGUU